UCAGAAGGAGAAGCAGCAGCCAGAGGAAGAAAGACAGAAAGGCAGAGUGCUUCCUCCUUCUCCUCUGGGUGGAGGGAGGCUGCAGGAGGCAAGAUGGGUCCGGUUCUGGUUCUGGCUCCGUCCGCCCUCCUGGCCCUUGUCCUGAUGCUGCUGGUGCCAGGCUCAGCCGGGGGAGAGUCAGCCGAGCCCCCCAACCAGCAAGAGCCCCUUCCAGAACCGCCCAAGUGCAAAGUGACUGGGUCCUUGCUGAAGUUCGCAGCCUUUUCUCCCGACAAAAAGGAGUUCUAUGUCAAUGAGACGGCAUCUGUGUCCUGUCAGAAAAUCAAAGAGCGAGAGGUCUACGAGGCGGUCUGUGUGGCCGAAGGAGAGGGAGCCGCCUGGGACCUCAGCCGCGUCCCCUGCCUGCGAUGCCAAGAGAUCAAGACCUGGGACGGCCGCCUGGACUGGACACCUCGGGCCUUGACCUUUGCCCUCGGAGAGACCCUGAGCCUGACCUGCGCAGAAGGGUUCCGUCCUGUUCCGGAGAGUGUCCGUUGUGUUGAAAAGACUAACAGGUUUGGCUGGAACGUCACACCCGUUUGCCAGGCAGAAGAGGGGUCAAGUGCCCCCCCUCCUUGGACCAGCCCUGAGCCAGGCCCCCCACUGACCACCAGCAAGGCUCCGGGAGGGUCUUGUUUGAGGGCAGAGUGGCCCCCCUCCAUCUUUGCUGUCGAACCAUAUAACAAAGAGACCUUUGCCAUUGGUGAAUGGGUCUGGGUGAGCUGUCGCUCAGAGCAAUACGCUGGACGCAGAAGCUGGAUCUUGUGCCUCAAGAAGGACGGCCACCCCGAAUGGGACACCAGUGGCCUCCAAUGCGUUGAGAAGCCCCGGGUUUCCAAGGAAGAUCUCCAGGCCUCAGCCUCCAGCAUCAGGCUCAGAUGGGGCUGCAGCCCCCCAGGACCCUGUCCGGGAUGGACCUUCCAGGGCUCCUGCCGACUGACCAGACGACCACAUGAGUCCUGCAAGAGACACGGAGGGAGACGGCUGAGCACAAGCACACAGAACCAGACCUUACACUGUGAUGGCUUGGAUCCUUCUUCUUCAUAUCACGUCAUUGUCUAUGGAGUCCAUGCAAAGGAAGGCAGACAACUCUUGUAUGAGGAAGACAUCUUGACGCAGGACGGAGUCCCAGAUGCGCCAGAGAGAGGAUCCCUGGACCUGUCCUCCAGGGUCCUGAGGUGGAGGCCACCCUCUCCCUGCAAAGGGGCCAUUCUGGGCUACCAGGUGAACGUCACUGGGAGGAGAGCCUACAACACCACGUUCCUGGAGGAGGAGCAAGUGCGCGUCAAUGACUCUGUGACGGAGUUCCAGAAGGAGCCCUGGAGGCCCGGCACCAACUACACAGUCACCGUCCAGGCCUUGACCGCUGCGGGGCCCGGACAGGAGCUGCGCUGGGAGAUGGAGACCGGCAUCGCAGAGCCGUUCAUUCCCCCCGGCGCCAGGGCCCUGGAGGUGCACAACAUCUCAGCCUCGGACGGGACCGUCUUCCUGCGCCUGGAGCCCCUCCCGGACCUCCACGGACCCAUCAGGGAGUACCAGCUCUUUGUGGCCCCUCACCCGGAGCCGGCCCCCAACGCCAGCGCCUGCCCCUCCCUGCAGCUCCGGCCCUUUGACCCCACGGACGACAAGACCUAUGCUGCCGCCGUGAUCCCGGCUUCCAACCUGACGAGGCCGAUGGGCUUUGUGGUCGGAGACGGGAGGGACCGGCACGGCCUCUUCAAUGCUCCUCUGCACGAGGGCAGGAACUACACCGUCCUCCUCCGAGUGGUCAGUCGCUGGAACCAGGAGGAGACAUCCAGCUGCGUUGCCUAUGACUUCUCUAUGGGACGUGCCCACCUGGCCGGAGAAGGAGAAGGAGAAGGAGGAGGGGUGCUGUGGCCUUUGCCCCUCCUGCUGACCUGCCUCUUGCUGACCUUGGCCCUGGCCUUGCUGCUGCUGCUGGGACUCCUGAUGGCCAGGAAGAAGAAGAAGAAGAAGCAGCAGAAGACCAAGGUGGAGGUGCCCAGGGGCCACGGGGCCGUCCCUUUGCAGCGGCAGCGCGGAGGGGCAAGCAAGCUGCACACCCGGAUCCCGGUGCCGGAGCUGCCGGAGGUGCUGAAGAGGCACAAGCGGGCCGAGAUGGAGGCCGCAGUGAACAGGGACGGCGGAGGGGACGACGGGAGUGCCGAGAGUCCAGCGGCCGGGCGGGACGUGGAGUUCCAGAAGCUGGUCUCCGGGCUGCUGCACCCCUGCCUGGCCGGGAAGGAGCCCCAGAACCUGCCCAAGAACCGCUACAAGAGCAUCCUGCCCUACGAUGGGUCCCGCGUGGUGCUCCAAACCAACGAUGGCAAAGCCGACUACAUCAACGCCAGCUACAUCGAUGGCUACCGGGCCCCCAAGCGCUUCAUUGCAGCUCAGGGCCCCCUCCCAGGGACGGUGCAGGACUUCUGGCGGAUGGUCUGGCAGGAGCGGACCCCGGUCAUCGUGAUGCUGACGGGCCUCGUGGAGCAGAACAAGCGCAAGUGUGAGCAGUACUGGCCGCCCGACGUGCAAGCCGAGUAUGGAGACAUCACUGUGACGCUGAGUGACACAUGGGCUGCGCCAGGGAUCGUGUCCCGUACCUUCAGCCUCAAAAAGGCUGGAGCUGUGACCCCAAGGAAAGUGGAGCACUUCCAGUGCCUGCAGUGGCCGGACCACGGCCUCCCCCGGGACCCGGCGGGGCUCCUGUGGCUCCUGGAGGAAGUUGACCGGCAGGUGUCCGAAGCCCCCAGUGCGGGCCCCAUCGUGGUGCAUUGCAGCGCAGGCGUCGGCCGGACUGGGACCUUCAUCGCCCUGGACUCCCUGCUGAAGAUGGGCCGCUCCGAGGGCCAUGUGGACAUCUUCCGCUGCGUCCAGAAGAUGAGGGAGCAGAGGGCCAGCAUGGUCCAGACCAAGGGCCAGUAUGCCUUCCUCUACGAGGCCUUGCUGGAGGGGCUGCUGUGCGGGAACACGGGGGUCCCGGUGGAGGAGGCCCAUGCCCACGCCUCCCGCCUGGAAGCCCCCAGCGAAUGGGGCCCGGGGUCCGGGUUCGCCCAGGAGUUCCAGGCCCUGGAGCGCCUCUCGGAGCUGUUCAGCCUCGCUCCCCGGACAGAAGCCCAGAAGCCCUGCAACCAGACCAAGAACCGCAGCCCAGAAAUACUGCCAGCGGACGGCAGCCGCCCCCUCCUGAUGUCCUCCCUGAAGGCCGACGGCACCCCGGGAUACAUCAACGCCACCUUUGUGGACGGCUACGGCCAAGGCGAGCGCUUCCUGGCCACGCAGCUGCCCCUCCCGGAGACCCAGGCCGACUUCUGGGCCUUGGCCUGGGACUACCACUGCCGGACCCUGGUCCUGCUGGACUCCCCCUCGGACCUCGACCAGACGUGUCCGGCAUUCUGGCCUGCGUCCAGCACGUCCACUCACGGCGUCAUCACUGUUGCACUUUCCUCUGAGGAGCCGCGGACUGGAUACACCGUGCGUGGGCUCUCCCUUUCCAGCGCUCAACAGCCUGGGGCCCCUCCCUUGGAAGUCCGGUUCUGGCACCUGCAGGACUGGCCCAGCGCCCAGAGGCACCCACAGAACCUGGCGACGCUCCUGAGGCUCCUGAGCGAAGUGGAAGAAGGAGGGUGGCCCUCUUGUCCGGAUGACCACAUCCUGGUCACUUGCCGGGACGGUGUUUCCCACUGCGGGGUCUUCUGUGCCCUGAGCUUCGUGUGCGAACAGAUCCGGGCGGAGGGGCUGCUGGACGUCUCCCGGGCCGCACGCAUGGUCAAGCGGCGCCAGCCUCGCUUCAUCCAGGACGUGGAGCAGUACAGGCUCUGCUACCGCCUGGCUCUUUCCUACCUGGACUCCUACUCCUCGUCCUCUUAGGUGUAGGGGCGUUUGGAAUGUGUCCUUCUUGACCCCCAACAGCAAGACGCCCCAUGUCCGGCCAGAGGGGGGGGGUGGGGCCACAUUCAGCUGGACAGUUGCAAGGAGAUCUCUGCCAAACCUGGCCUCAUGAUGGACACUCCUGCUCCCGCUUGGGCCAUGUGACCCCUGGCCUGGUUGACCACAGGCUUGGGUUCCUCACUGCUCGGCCAUGGUCAAGAGGCAACUGGCCUUUGGACUGGACACUGUGGGGAAGAUUUCUCCUCCUUUUCACCCCUUUUCAGGACUCCAGGCAGCUUAUGGAAUGAAUCCUAGAGUUGGAAGAGACCCCCGUAGCACUCUCGCCUUGAGACACCUUUUCACCCAGCACCACACCAGAGCCCAGGAGUACGAACUACAUCAGUUUAUUAAGAAAAGCAUUAAGAAAGGGGGAAAGGCAUUUCCCCAAAGAGCAGUAGAAAAGGAACUGUAAAAUUGCAGCAGUCUAUAUACAAAAGAGCAAUAGUCCAAAAAUGGCAAAUUAUAUAAAAACAAGAGAGUCAAGAUCACAGGCAUAAGUCCAUGAGCAUGAAAGCAGGAACUUUUUCCAAGGCAAGCUCUUCCAGGAACAUAGGCAAAUGCAGGAAACUUGAAUCAUGCACUUGAGAGCUAGACAGGAACAUCGACCUUUUGACAACAUUGUCUCCUCUGAGAGACACCAAGUAAACGGCACCUAAUUUAAACCCAAGACCAACCAAGAUGCCAUCAAAUCAUGCCUCACACACCUGGGUUUCAGGGACUUCACCUAGUCUUUCCAAAUGUCUGAUUAAUCUAUCGACAGCACCCCCCUCCCCGUGGCCACAGUCGAGCACAGCCUCCAGAUGCCAGAAAUGGAAACGAUGGGAAGAGCUUUGACCUCUGUUUAUGUAUUGUCUGCCUUUGUUUAUUGUGUAUCGGCAUUGAAUAUUUGCCAUAUGUGUGUUCUGUAAUCUGCCCUGAGUCCCCUCGGGGAGAUACAGCAGAAUAUAAAUAAAGUAUAUUAUUAUUUUA